UGUUAGCUGUUCUGGCUGUCAGUGAGUUUAGGUUGUUUCAUUGUGUUUGCUGAAGAUUUGACAGAAGCACCAGGCUGAAGAUGUUUCUGCUAUUUCUGCUCCUCAUGAACGUUUCCCAGCAUGCUCUGGCUGUGGAGGUAGAAGGAAAUGCAGAGGCAGAGUCUGUCCAGCUGCCCUGUCAGCACUCAGGUUUUAUACCUGACGACAAUCCCACAGUGACGUGGACCCGCAAUGAUCUCGAUCCCACAACUGUCCACCUGCGACGAGAAGAAGGAGAUGAUCUUAAAGGACAAAACCGGCGUUACAGCGGGCGCACAUCGAUGAGGCCUGAUGCUCUGGACUCUUUAGACUUCAGCCUCACUCUGAGAAAACCACGACUGACCGACAGCGGCAAAUAUAGCUGCACCCUCAGUGAUGGAAGAGAAGAACGACAACUGACAACCGUUCAGCUGCAAGUCAAAGCUGACAGAGAGAAGGUGGAUUCAGGGGUGCAGUCUGUCCAGCUGCCCUGCAAUACCACACUUCAUCUGGCUGAAGGUGCUAAAGUGGAGUGGAUGGACAGUGGUGAUCAUUGGGUUCAUGUAUUUCAGAAUGGCCUGGACCAACCAGUUGAACAGAGUCAGGAUUACAGAGGACGAACAGAGAUGUAUGCAAACCUGGUGAGAACUGGAGACCUCAGUCUGUUCCUGGACCCACAGAGAGAGACACAAACAUCUACACCUGCAGCGUCUACAGCAGGGAGGGAAACAUCCUGCUGAUGAAACAAGUGAAGCUCUAUGUCAGAGAAUACAAAUCCUAUGCCACAAUAAUAAUAAUCACGGUGGUAAGUGUCAUUGUUGCGAUCAUCAUUUCUAUUUCUGUGGGCUUUCGCUGGGGUUUUUUACAAACAUCGAUGGUAGAAGAUGGCUAAAAAGAAGGUAUGUGACUCUGUGUCUCUGUGUGUCUUUAGCAAAAAGCAAACAGUCUUAUACAUCAAGCAGUUGAGCUCUAAGUGAGAGAAACACUGAAAGCAGGAGGGAGGAGCUGCUGGUUACACAGCAGAGGAGAUGAUGGAGGAUCACACUCACAUGUGUCUGUCCUUUUGCUCUGCUCUGUGUCCUUUCUGUUCUUUAGGCAGUGGAAGUGGAGAGGUCGGUCCUCAGGAGGCCACAGUGGGGUGAAGACAGUCACUACAAAUAUGUGAUGGUCCGCGUGUGUCAGUGAAGCCUAAAGUAGACUGAUAAACCAGCCUGUUAGACUGAGAUUAAAGCAGUUUGUCCUUAAUACUGGAUCUCAUUCUGUCCACUGGCUGCUGGGAUCUCUUUAUGCUUCCUACAGUCCAAAGACAUGUUUGACUUGUCCUGCAGCAGCUGAGAUAAGUUCCUGAAGUUAGCGUGUUUACACUGCAUUCAUGUCACAGUUUAACAUUUCUAUAUGAUGAUUAUUAUAAUAUUACAGGGUUUAGCUGCUGAACUGUGACCAGCUGAGAGCAUGUUUUGGAAAAAUACAUAUUGGUUUGUUCGUGAGCCGCCUUUGUUUAUGGUAUUUAUGGGUUUAAACAGCUAACCAAUGAAAUCAGGUCCACAGCAGGAGGACAUGUGGGCCACAUUAAAGAAAUACUUUAUCCUGUAUUCGGAAGUGAUGAUGAUAAUAAUAUUAAAGGUAUGAAGAAGAGCUGUUUUUAUUUUUAUUUAACUGAUUUUGUUUGAAAAGGGUCCGUGUACGACAUUAACACUCUGUAACAGAGUUAGCUUAAUGUUAAUUAGCAUCUACAUCAGCAUCCUUGCCAGGUUACGAGCACUUCUAGCAAGUAAAAUUUAAUAAAGUAGAAUUUCCCUGCUCCCAGUAUUUGUGCUCUCCUGCUCCUACAUUUCCACCUCCUCUGUCAGCUAUUCACAUGGUCACGUUAAACUAGCUAACUCUGGCUGUUUCUCAGUGUGUGUACUUGU